ACGUGGUCUCUACAUAUGUAUAUUGAUCAGCGUUUGAUCGAGGUUGGAAUCAGCCUAGUAAUAAAGUCUUGCCGGCUUUCUGUAGUAAACAACUGGUAAAUGACGCGAGCCACUCUCGUGACUUUGUUGAUGCUGCUUUGCAUAGCACGGAGUAUCCGUUCCCAGAUUUACCAAAACAUGUCGAGUCUCGCCGGCGUGCAUUCUGUGGCGUACGUUACCGUGCCAGACGACGCAGUUGCGAAAAGAUUAGCACGAGGUCUAGUCGAAAACAAGCUCGCUGCCUGCGUUAACAUCAUCCCGCAACUCACGUCCGUAUACGAAUGGGAAGGAAAGAUACAAGAAGAAUCUGAACUUUUGCUGAUGAUAAAAACUAGGACGGAGAAAGUAGAUGCUCUAACAAAAUAUGUCAAAGAAAAUCAUCCGUAUACAAUUUGUGAAGUAAUCUCUUUGCCCAUACAAAAUGGAAACAGCGAUUACCUGAAGUGGAUCAGCGAAGUGGUACCAUCGCUUGAUAAAAACGCUUAAAAUAAGAUAUAUGAUAUAUAUGUACUCAUAACAAUGACUUUGUUUACAUGACAUCCUUAAUCGGGUUUAAUAACAUCUGUAGUUUAUAAAACUGAUCAAUCAUAGCUAUUCCUGUGAAGAAUGGAAUGAUUGUGAUUGGCCAGUUUCAUAAUUGCGGAUGUUAUUAAACUUGAUUAAAGAUGUCAUAUAAAGGUAGUCAAUAAUUCAUUAAUAAGAUUGAGAUUGGUAAAAACUAUUUACUUCCGAUAAUCGACUCCCGACUCAUUAUAAAACUCCGGUAAGAAUAAAAAAGAAACUAAUCAUAACAUGUAGUAAGAUAAUAUAUAGAAUGUGACACUUCUAUUAAUUACACAAGCAGAUAUGAAUUUUAACCCAGAAACGACAGUAUAUAAUCCCGAAAGUUUUUGGCAUGCAAAAACCAAAUCCAUCACAAAAAUCAGUGCUCAAAUUGCUCCAUCAUGUCAGAUUUCCGAGAUAUUUUAAACUAAAAGUGCUAAAAAGACCUAUUUUAGGCAUUUUUAGAUUAAAAUUUCUCAUAAACGAAUUCGAAUUCGACAUGAAAAAAUUUACAAAAAUGACC